UUGUUUAUAUGGUAACCUAAAAUAAAAAAGCGAGAUGGUGCCAAACUUUGAAUGAGCAGUCUUGGCACUGUUCUGGGAGCCCCACUCGGCUGUAUUUUGAAGGAGUAACGUCUAAUUUAUCUUUCAAAUAAUAUGUUUGGAUUUGAAGUUUUGGAUAGGAUCAAAAGAGACAACCAAUCUAAUCAUAUUCUUUCGGAGUAGAAGAAGUUGUUAAUGAGGGUCUCGUGAAUCUUUUCUCGCCAACUACUGUAAGACUUAAACCUUUUGCGUAAUUUGUUGAAUUCUCCUCAUCUCUCUCCCCCUUUCUUGAGUCUUCUCAGUUGGAUUCUCGGAUCUGAAGAAAUAUUUUUCUUGAUCUUCAAAUAUUUGAAGGGCAGAUGUCUGGUUACAUAACUGCUUUCUAUGAAAACAAUAUGAGGUCUAGUGGUGAAAAUUUGGUUACUGCUAUAGUGCCUUUGAUGAAACUUCUCUGCCUUAUAAUUAUAGGAUUGAUUCUUGCACACCCAAAAACCCAAAUCAUCCCCAGAGCAACAUUUAAGCUCCUAAGCAAGCUAGUUUUUGCCCUGUUCUUGCCCUGCCUAAUCUUUACUGAGCUUGGUGAAAGCAUUACACUUGAAAACUUUGCUCGUUGGUGGUUUAUUCCUGUUAAUGUACUGGUUAGUACAAUCAUUGGUUUCUUUCUUGGGCUGUUAGUUGUGGCAAUAUGUCACCCACCGCCGCAGUAUAACAGAUUCACCAUUAUCAUGACUGCCUUUGGAAACACUGGAAAUCUUCCUCUAGCGAUUGUUGGAUCCGUGUGUCAUACGAAAGAUAGCCCAUUUGGAGCUCAUUGCCACUCAAGUGGAGUAGCUUAUGUUUCUUUUGCCCAAUGGGUUGCUGUAAUUCUGGUUUACACACUUGUUUAUCAUAUGAUGGAGCCACCAUUACAGUAUUAUGAGAUUGUUGAGGAAGAGUUUGAGAUUGAGGAACAACGACCAACCCCUGAUGUCAGUAGACCUCUCCUCAUAGAAGCUGAAUGGCCAGGCAUUGAGGAUAAAGAAACUGAACAUUCCAAGACUCCUUUCAUUGCUAGGAUUUUUAAUAGCAUCUCAAGCCUUUCACAGAUCAAUUUUCCUGACAUUGAGCUCGCUGGAGAAAGUACAGCAAACAGUCCUAGGUCCAUUAGGUGUUUGGCUGAGCCAAGAGUUGUGAGGAGAAUACGAAUUGUGGCGGAGCAAACUCCAAUACGUCACAUACUUCAGCCUCCAACAAUUGCUUCUUUAUUUGCUAUCAUUAUUGGGAUGGUGCCUCAGCUAAAAGCUUUUGUCUUUGGAUAUGAUGCUCCAUUGUCUUUUAUCACAGACAGUUUCGAGAUUUUAGCUGGUGCUAUGGUGCCUUCUGUGAUGCUUACUGGAGGUAUGCUAGCUGAGGGGCCAAAUGAGUCUACACUCGGUCUUCCAACCACAAUUGGUAUAUCUGUAGCUAGGCUUUUGGUGCUCCCUCUGCUGGGAAUUGGCAUUGUAGCAUUGGCUGAUAAGCUGAAUUUUCUUGUAAAAGGGGAUGCAAUGUACAGAUUCGUGCUUUUGUUACAGUACACAACGCCAAGUGCCAUUUUAUUAGGAGCAAUUGCCAGCCUGAGGGGUUAUGCAGUGAAGGAGGCUUCUGCACUUCUCUUCUGGCAGCAUGUCUUUGCUCUUCUCCUUUCCUUGUAUAUUGUGAUCUACUUCAAAUUGCUUUCUUACAUUUGAAGUACUCUUACUGUCUAAAAGUGUUUGUGGAGCAGUUGGUUGGCAUCCGUCAGGUUUUCAGUCCCCUGUCCAUUGGAUUUUAUACCUUUAAAUACUAUGGAUUUAUUUAUUUGCUCUGUCCAUUGGAUAGUGGUGACGAUAAUGAAUGGUGCUUUCUUCAUGCAAGUUGAUUUGUGGAAUGACUAAAUGUGGUGCUUGUCCUGUGA